AUGGCCUCCAAGAGCGUGUGGCUGCUCCUGCUGGUGGCCGGCACCGGCGCCCUGGGCGACAUCCUCAUGAGGCCCAGCUGUGCUACCGGGUGGUUUUACUACAAGUCCCAUUGCUACGGGUACUUCCGGAAGCUGAGGAAUUGGUCCGAUGCUGAGCUCGAGUGUCAGUCCUUUGGGAACGGAGCCCACCUGGCGUCUAUACAGAACCUACAGGAAGCCAAAGCCAUCUCCGAAUACAUAGGUGGCUACCAAAGGAACCUGCCCGUGUGGAUCGGCCUGCACGACCCGCAGAAGAGUCAGCAGUGGCGGUGGAUCGACGGGACCUCGUAUUUAUUCAAAACCUGGUCCGGCAGGUCCAUGGCUGGAAACAAGCACUGUGCUGAGAUGAACGCCCACAACUUUUUAACUUGGAACAGCAAGGAAUGCGACAAGCUCCAACACUUCCUCUGCAAGUACCGGCCGUAGAGCAGGAAUCGGGGUCCCGCAGCCCCGGCCCAAACCCCUCCCCCCUUCUUGCCCUGCCACCGUGUCUAUGUCUGAUCCUUGCCUCAGGAAGUAAACGUGGUAACCAUGCUGGUGAGGCUCUUACUGCACU